ACGGUGGGGGGUCCCUGCCCCAUCCCCUUGUGCGAUCGGUCGCGGGCUCCCCCGAGAACUGCUCCGCCGGCUGCCAGGAGACACGGGCUGGUUUAUUGCCGCCAGCCCAGCCUGGCUCUGCAGCCGCCGCCAAACUCCCACCGCAGCCGGUGCGGGAAGGAGGCAGCGCUCUGCUGGGCUUGGAUGUCUUGGAGAUGCCGCAGCUCUUCGCCCCUGGCAGUGCUGCAGCCGGAGUCUGAGCCUAGCGCCUCGGGAGCAGCCUGUGCCCCUCUCUGCCUCCCCAGCCGCUUUCCCGCCGGCUCCUGGCGGCUGCUCAGCCGGGGACACCCAAGGCUGCCUUCGCCUUUUCAUUGGUCGGUGAUGUGUCUAUUUACAUCAGCGCCGAACUUCGCCGAACAUCAGCUGAAUCUGGGUUAUGGGCAAGUCAGAAAGCCAGAUGGAUAUAACUGAAAUGAAUACUCCAAAACCAAAGAAAAAACUGCGAUGGAGCGCCCUUGAAAUAGGGCUAGUUGUUGUAGUAAUUCUUCUAACUAUUAUAUCUAUCACAAUGAUAGCCCUGUAUGCAACAUAUGAUGAUGGUGUUUGCAAGUCUUCAGAUUGUAUAAAGUCAGCAGCCAGAAUCAUUGAGAACAUGGACACUACUGCAGAUCCUUGUAAAGAUUUUUACCAAUAUGCCUGUGGAGGAUGGUUGAAGAAGAACGUCAUUCCAGAAACCAGCUCCCGUUACAGCAACUUUGACAUUUUAAGAGAUGAACUAGAAGUUGUUUUGAAAGAUGUCCUUGACAGGGACCACAGUAAUGACAUACUGGCAGUGCAGAAAGCAAAAACUCUGUACAGAUCAUGUAUAAAUGAAACUGCUAUUGAUAGUAGAGGUGGAAAACCUUUAAUCAAUUUACUGCCAAAUGUGUCUGAAUGGCCUGUAGCAACAGAUAACUGGGACUCUGCAUAUGGUGCCAUCUGGACAGCUGAAACGGCUAUUGCACACCUGAAUUCACAAUAUGGGAAAAAGGUCCUUAUUAAUUUUUUUGUUGGCACAGAUGAUAAGAACUCCACAGUGCAUAUCAUUCAUAUUGAUCAACCUGGGCUUGGUCUGCCUUCUCGUGAUUACUAUGAAUGUACUGGCGCAUAUAAGGAGGCAUGUUCAGCCUAUGUGUCUUUCAUGAUUUCUGUGGCUAAACUAAUUCUUCAGGAGAAAAAUCUCACCAUCAAUGAAAGCCAGAUUUCUAAAGAAAUGGAAAGAGUUAUGGAUCUGGAGAAAGAGAUUGCCAAUGCUACAACUAAACCUGAAGACAGAAAUGAUCCAAUUUUGCAGUACAAUAAAAUGACACUAACAGAACUCCAAAAUAACUUCUCAUUGGAGAUCAAUCAUAAGCAAUUCAACUGGUCAGAAUUCAUAAAUAAUAUAAUGUCAACUGUGCAAAUUAAUGUUGAGAAUACAGAAGAUGUUGUUGUGUAUGCUCCAGAAUAUCUAACCAAACUAAAGCCUAUUCUAAAUAAAUAUACUUCCAGAGAAAUUCAAAAUUACAUGAUUUGGCGAUACGUAAUGGAUCUUGUAAACAGUCUAAGCCGGGACUACAAGGACACAAGGAAUGCUUUUCGUAAGGCACUUUAUGGCACCACAUCAGAAACUGCUGUUUGGCGGCGCUGUGCAAACUAUGUCAACGGCAAUAUGGAAACUGUGGUGGGCCGACUGUAUGUUGAGGAAGCAUUUGCUGGAAACAGUAAAUACGUGGUUCAAGAAAUGAUUGCACAAAUUCGAGAUGUUUUUAUAAAAACGUUAGAUGAACUCACCUGGAUGGAUGCAGAAACCAAAAAGAAAGCAGAACAAAAAGCUACAGCUAUUAGAGAGAGAAUUGGCUAUCCAGAUGAAAUAAUGACUGAUAACAACAAGCUGAAUAAUGAAUACCAAGAUCUGAACUACAAAGAGGAAGAGUACUUUGAGAACAUCAUUCAAAAUUUGUUAUUUAGCCAAAGGAAGCGACUGAAGAAACUCAGAGAAAAGGUGGACAAGGAAGAGUGGAUAAGUGGGGCUGCUGUCGUCAAUGCCUUUUAUUCUGCAAGCAGGAACCAGAUAGUCUUUCCUGCAGGAAUUUUGCAGCCACCUUUCUUCAGUGCCUCUCAAGCCAAAUCAUUGAAUUACGGUGGCAUUGGUAUGGUCAUUGGCCAUGAAAUCACUCAUGGAUUUGACGACAAUGGUAGAAAUUUUAACGAGGAUGGAGACCUCAUCGAUUGGUGGACUCAAGAAUCAGCACUAAAUUUUAAGAAUCAGUCUCAAUGUAUGGUAUACCAGUAUGGAAACUUUACGUGGGAUCUAGCUGGUGGACAACAUCUGAGUGGAAUCAAUACUUUGGGAGAAAACAUUGCUGAUAACGGAGGUGUUAGACAAGCUUAUAAGGCCUAUGAAAACUUUGUUAAAAAAAAUGGAAAAGAAAAACUGCUUCCUGGGAUUGACAUGAACCAUAAGCAACUGUUCUUCCUGAACUUUGCACAGAUAUGGUGUGGAAUGUACCGUCCAGAAUAUGCUGUCAACUCCAUUAAAACUGAUGUGCACAGUCCAGGCAAAUUCAGGGUCAUAGGAUCAUUGCAGAACUCUGCAGAAUUUACCGAGGCCUUUUCAUGCACCACGACAGAGUACAUGGACCCUGUAAAAAAAUGCCGUGUUUGGUGACAGCACUAUAAACCAUGCAGCCCAAGGACAAACUUCCCAGGCAAACAGAAAUUUGGAACUUACUGGGAUGACUGGAGGAAGGAAAUGUGCUACCAAAGUCAUUUGAUAGCGGACCAAAAAAAAA